AUGCACGUCUCCACGCUCAUACUCGUCUCUGGUCUGGCCAUCUUUGGCAACGGUGCCUCUCACCCCAAUAUCGAACCUGCAAUCGGAGCCAGACAUGAUUCAUCAUCAUCAGAGUCCGACCAAAAGUGCCCGAAGUCCGCGAUUCAAAAGAGAAGCACUAUUGAACGCCGUCACCUAUGGGUGGGGAAAUGUUACCCUGGCAACAUUUGCAGAGUUCAAGUCGACGAGGUGUUUGGGUAA